AGUAAAGAGCUCGCGAGGUUUUGGUCUCCAUGGCAACCGUCGCUGUAUAAUCAACCGUCGCCUCCAAGUGCCCGUUAGAAUCGCCAUGGCAGAGCUGGGUCUAAAUGAUCACCACCAGAAUGAAGUGAUCAAUUACAUGCGCUUCGCUCGUUCCAAGCGUGGCCUCCGUCUCAAGACAGUGGAUUCUUGCUUUCAGGAUCUUAAGGACAGCAGGCUGGUGGAGGAGACUUUCACAAUAGAUGAGGUGACAGAAAUACUGGAUGGGUUGCAGACUGUAGUACACAGUGAAGUGGAAUCAGAACUCAUUAACACGGCAUACACCAAUGUGUUACUUCUACGCCAACUCUUUUCACAGGCUGAAAAGUGGUACCUUAAGCUACAGACUGACAUCUCUGAGCUGGAAAAUCGAGAAUUGUUAGAGCAAGUUGCUGAAUUUGAAAAGGCAGAAUUUACAUCUGCAAACAAGAAGCCCAGUUCAGAACUCAUUAAGCCUAAACUUGCUCCAUUAAAUGAAGGUGGAUCAGAACUGCUAAACAAGGAAAUUACAAGACUUCAAGAAGAAAAUGAAAAACUGAAGACCAGACUCAAGACAAUAGAAACACAGGCUACAAGUGCAUUGGAUGAAAAAUCAAAACUAGAGAAAUCACUGAAGGAUUUACAGAUGAUUCAGGGAGAUCAAAAGACUAACAUAACUAAGGAUAUAAGUGAACUGGAAGAUACAAUGUCUGCCCUGAGGUGCCAGUUUGAGAAGACUCUGAAUGACAGUACUGCAAACCAAAAGUUCUUGGAAGAGAACUUGGUAACAACAAAGCAUGACCUACUCAAGGUUCAGGACCAGUUAUCUAUAGCUGAAAAGGAGUUGGAGAAGAAGUUCCAGCAGACAGCUGCCUACCGCAACAUGAAAGAGAUUCUCACCAAGAAGAAUGAGCAGAUAAAGGAUCUACGGAGAAGACUUUCAAGAUACGAACCAGAUGAUUAAAAUGUGAAGAGCAUUUGGUCUGUCAAGAAGCUGCCACACAAAGAGAACAGAGUGUUGUGUUAUUUAAGGGAUUUGUUGAAAUUCUUUCAGAGAUUUGUUUUGAAUCGUUUAUUUUCUGCUUCUGCCAACACUUAAAAAUAACCUUUUGUUGAUAGGAAACUGAAAUUCCUACUUUAUUUACUUAAGAAUAGAAAGAUGAGAACACAGUAUAUAGAGUGUCUUAGUUUCUUUAUUUGUCUUUUUAAUAGUUAACCUUGUUCUUUCCCUGGGAAAUAGCAAACACCAAAUUAAGAUCAUUAUUUACAAAGAGAGGAGUUUAUUUUUGUUAAAAUAAAAUAUUCAUUAGUUUUUCUCUACAUAGC